ACACAAACACAGACACGGGCUGAACAACAAUGGCUGGAAGAGGAAGAGGAGGAGGAGGAGGCAGGAGCCUCUUCACGUUACUGAUGCACAUGCUGGGAGCGUCCAGACUUCUGCUUUAUUCAGAUUUCUUCCACACAUCAGGCUGCAGAAACCUGGACAUCAGCAACCCUACGGUGUUUGAGGGGCCAGCUGGGAGUUAUUUUGGAUUUUCGGUGGACUUUUUUAGAAAGGAUGACGGGAGUGUGAGUCUUGUUGUCGGGGCUCCCAAAGCCAACACUAGCCAGCCUGGCAUCACAGAGGGUGGGGCCGUGUUCCUUUGUCCCUGGUCAUCAGGAGGAGGGCAGUGCCAAGUCCUUUCAUUCGACUCCACAGGUGAUGAAACGUACUCGGCUGAGGCACAGCUGACCUUACAGACCAACAAGUCUCACCAGUGGUUUGGAGCCAGCGUGCGAUCUGAACAGUCCCACAUUGUGGCCUGUGCACCUCUCUACCGAUGGAACGUCAUCAAGGCCAACGACGAGUCAGGAUCGACUGAAGUGGGCAGCUGCCGCUUGGCACGGAUGCAAGGGCAGAAGAACGAGAUUGCAGAGUUUUCGCCCUGCCGCAGCGAGUAUACCAAUAAAUACUACGCCGACCGCAGAAACUAUGGAGACCGGCGCUACUGUGAGGUGGGAUUCAGCGUCGACUUUACCAAGGAUGGGAAGAUUGUGAUUGGAGCUCCUGGGGGUUAUUUUUUUAUGGGCCAGGUCAUUGUCGCUGAGGUAACCACCAUCUUCGAAGUCAGCAAUCAAAGUCUGACACAGUCGCUGAGCGGAGAAGCACAGACCUAUGAAGAUCGCUCCAGCUCAUACGACGGAUAUCAAGGUUAUUCAGUGGCAGUGGGCGAAUUUACAGGAGACUCCAUUCCAGACUACGUUGCUGGCAUCCCAAAUGACCAAGAUGCAUCUGGCACGGUCAAAAUCUAUAUGGGCACCAGUUACAACACGCUGAGCUGGGUGCACAGUUUCUUCGGCAAGCAGGUCUCGUCGUAUUUCGGUCACAGCGUGGCUGCCACGGACAUCAACGGUGACGGGAAAGAUGACAUUUUCAUUGGCGCCCCCCUCUUCAUGGACAGAAGGAAAGACAAGAAGCUCCACGAGGUGGGCCAGGUCUACCUUUACCUGCAGAACGAGAACAAUGGCUUCUCUCAGAAACCCGACCAGAUCCUCACCGGCUGGGACUUGUAUGGCCGGUUUGGGAGCGCCAUUGCUCCGCUUGGAGACAUAGAUCAGGACGGCUAUGACGACAUAGCUGUGGGAGCACCAUUUUCUGGCGGAGAUGGCAGGGUGUAUAUUUUUAACGGUCAGAGCGAUGGAGUGGACCCUCAGUACUCUCAGGUCUUGGAGAGCCCCUUCCGACGACUGCCUUCUGCUACGGGCUUUGGAUUUGCCCUGCGGGGCGGCUCGGACGUCGACUCCAACAGCUACCCAGACCUGAUAGUCGGCGCCUGGGGAGCCAGUAAAGUGGCGGUGUACAGGUCCAGGACGGUGCUUAGCGCCGAGGCACACAUCUCUCUUCACCCGGAUGUCAUAAACCCAGACGUGAAGACCUGUGCACAGCCGCUCUCCUCUCAGCUGGCCUCCUGCUUUGACAUCACCAUGUGUAUCAGCUUGCGGGGAAAGAAAAUUCCGCCCCAAAUCGUCUUGAAUGCCGAGCUGCAGUUGGACCGCAUGAAGCAGAGGAUGAUGAGGAGGACGCUGUUUGUGAGCUCUCGCCAGUCCCAGGGCCACUUCCAGCUCACACUGGGGAGAGACAAGCCAUCCGUGUGCACAAACUUCAGCGCUUAUCUUCGGGACGAGUCCGAAUUCAAAGACAAGCUGAGCCCCAUUCUCGUCAGCCUCAGCUACUCGCUGGACAAUUCUUCAAGCACCGACCCUGAGGCCCCCCCGGCCUUCCUCCAAGGGCAGACCACCGCCCACAUACAGACCUGGAUCAUUCUGGACUGCGGCCCCGACAACGUUUGUGUGCCGGACCUGAAGCUGAGUGCGGAGAUCCAUAAGGAGUCCUUCUACAUCGGAGAUGAAGACCCAGUUCUGAUAACGGUGACCGCCAGGAACGAAGGGGAAGGAGCCUACGAGACGGAGCUGCACGUGCGUCCGCCGCCCCAGAUUCACUACCAAGGCGUCCUGAUGAACAGAGAGGGUUUCUCUAUGCCAAUCUGCUCACAGCGGAAAGAGAACGGGAGCGCGGUGGUGGUCUGCGAGCUGAGGAACCCGAUGAAGCACGACGAGCAGCUCCAUGCAGGCCUCUACUUCAGUGCUGGGAACCUGGAGCAAGCGGAAGGCAGCGUGGUGUUCGAACUGCAGCUGAGAAGUAAGAACAGCCACAACCCCAACAGUGAGGCCGUGCAUCUGAGGGUCAAAGUGAGCGCGGCGGCAGUGGUGACGGUGCGCGGGAGCUCCUCUCCUGUCGAGUACGUCCUGCCGAUCCCAAACUGGCAGCCGAAGCCACACCCGGCCACUCUGGAGGACAUUGGACCACCGGUGGAGCACGUCUACGAGCUCCAUAAUUUGGGCCCGGGUACCGUCAAUGGCAAGCUUUCUUUGGAAUUUCCCAGCCGUUCCCAUGGCAACUUCCUGCUGUAUGUCUUUGCCAACGCUUCAGAGGAGAACUUCAAAUGUUUGACCGACUCCCCUGAUGUCGAUGUUUAUAAAGUAGCUAAGCCUCUGACCUCCCAGAAUGACUCGAGUGACGACAAACCCCACCUGAUCAAUAAGAGGGAUGUCCAAGAGACACAGUCGCUGACUCGAGGGCCCACUGUUGUGAACUGCACAACCACAAAAUGCAUGAGAUUCAUCUGUGUAAUGACCAACUUGGAGAAGGGCCAAAGUGCUGUGGUCAAAGUCCUUUCUCGACUCUGGGUCCAGAGCUUCUUGGAAAGACCCUUUGAAGAUUACAUCCUUCGGUCCAAGGCAGAAUACUGGGUGACCAACAUGCCAUACAAAGUCCAGCCGACGGUGUUCCCCAGUGGGACAGCUGAGACCCAGACAGGAGUUGUGUGGGUCACCCCAGAUAAUGCCAAGGAGAUCCCUAUUUGGUGGAUAAUCGUAGCUGUCAUCGGCGGCCUGAUCUUGCUGGCCCUUUUGAUUUACAUCUUCUGGAAGGUUGGAUUUUUCAAGAGAACUCGACCUCCACAGGACGACAAUGAAGAGCUCUCCCCGGAUGACGUCGCUAACUCUGUGUAUGCUGAUAUGCAAAGUAAAACGGACUGAAAACGCCAACAUUGCAGCAGCUCUGGGGACUGCCAUGGGCUUCAGUCUUUCAUAGGGAUUUAUAAAACUGCAUUCUCUUUCAUUUGUGUCAUCUGCUUUUUAGUCAAAGUUUAUGAAUUUCGUCACCUCUGUCCAUUUCAGCAUGAAACUGUUCUCGAAGAUAAGCCCAGAUGGAGGACGCCUGGACCUGGUACAUUCCCAUUGUACAAUUUUUCUCACCACCAUUAUGAAGAUCCCAGUUAUAUGCCGGGCAUGUGACUCCUUGAGCCCAGUGAGCCAAGUUUUGGUUAAUCUUUCAGUUUUUAAUGCUGUUUGUUUCUAUUUUCAUAUUUCCACCUGCCUUUGCUGAAAUAAGUAAUAAAAAAAAUAAUUUUGACGCUUA